AUGUUCGCAAAGCACCGCACCACCGGCUAUAACGGAUACGCUCUCGCAGUUGCCACUGCCUCCAACUUUGGACUUGUCGGGAACGGACGUCUUCAUAUUCUCAACGUCGGAGCCGGACCAGCAGGAGAAGUCAUCAACACCGAGAGAGUUUUUGAUACACAGGAUGGACUUUUCGAUGUCUGCUGGAGCGAAGUCAACGAGAAUCAAUUGGUCACAGCCAGCGGCGAUGGAUCCAUAAAACUCUGGGAUACUACAUUGGCUGACUUUCCUAUUCAAAACUGGCAUGAGCACCAACGGGAGGUCUUUUCUGUCAACUGGAACUUGGUCAGGAAGGAUUCGUUCCUGAGUGCAUCCUGGGAUAACACCAUCAAGCUCUGGAGCCAAAACAGUCCUCAGUCAUUACAGACGUUCAAAGGACACUCCCACUGUGUCUACGCGGCAAUGUGGUCGCCUCAUUCACCUUCGCUAUUUGCAUCAUGCUCUGGAGAUCACACUGUCAAGCUUUGGGACACCAACUCACCUGCACCUGUUCAGACGAUUCUUGCACACGGCAACGAGGUGUUGACAUUGGAUUGGAACAAGUACCAGGAUCACACUGUUGUGACAGGAUCGGUUGAUCACACCAUCAAGGUGUGGGAUCUGCGUCGCCCCGACCGUGAACUGAACUGCCUGAGAGGACACGAGUAUGCUGUCCGCAAGGUCAAGUGCUCGCCUCACAGUGGAUCACUGGUGGCAUCGACAUCGUAUGACAUGACGAUGCGAAUGUGGGAUAUUACGACGGGUGAUAUGAUUGAGAUCCAUGAUGCCCAUACGGAGUUUGUGCUUGGUGUUGACUUUAACCUGUACCGGGAUCGGGAGAUUGCGACCUGUGCCUGGGACGAGAGUGUCCAUGUCUUUACGCCACGGUGUCUCAUGUAA